GGCAGCCGAAAAUGUCGCCUUAAAGUUGUGGUGGUUGGGGAGUUUUACGCUAGAUAUGGAUAUACUACUGAGAUUAUGCAAGAGAGUAUCUCAAAAUAUAUGCUUCCUGUCAUCUUCUGGACUAUGGAUGUGUGUGUCACUAACUUUGACUGAAGCACUUUGUGCGCUGAAACCUUUCGCUGGUUGGCAGAACAAGUAAUGAUGCAUCAUCUCUUUGGGCUUGUUCUGGGACAAAAGGACCUUUCGCGUGCAGGAGACCUUUUCUCCUUAGAUGAUUCUGAAAUAGAAGGAUGUCUGUCAGAAGCUCUUGAGCAAAUAAAAAUAAUCAGUUCCUCUCCAGACUACCAGAAGAAUGACAACGACCAGGCAGUAGUGGAGAUCUGUAUCACUCGAAUCACUACGGCCAUCAGAGAGACAGAAUCGAUAGAGAAACAUGGGAAAGCUCUUGUUGCUCUUUGGGAGUCAUGCCUAGAGUACAAUCUGAAACCUUCAGGAAAAGAUGAGGACACACCACAUGCCAAGAUUGCAUCUGAUAUUAUGAGCUGUAUUUUGCAGAAUUAUAAUCGUCCUCCUAUCAUGGCAUUGGCUGUCCCAGUGGCAGUGAAAUUUCUCCAGAGAGGUAACAAAGAGCUGUGUCGGAACAUGUCCAGUUAUCUUUCCCUUGCUGCAAUUAGCAAAGCAGAGCUACUGGCUGAGCAUACGGAAACAAUUGUAAAAAGUAUCCUGCAAGGGAAUUUCGUGUUGCUACGUGUAUUGCCUUCGUUAUAUGAAAAGCAGUCACAUCCAAUUAACAGCCAUCUGAAAGAACUUGUAGCAUUGAUGUCUCACCUAGAGCAGCCUGAACAGCACCAUCUUUUACAGCUUUUGCUAAUAAUUGCAAAGAAAAAACAGCCAGAGGUGCUCAAAGAAUGCAUUCCAUCUCUUAUUGGUCACCUAAGAGAUCCCCAUCAUGAUGACAUCAUUUUAGAUAUACUGAUAGAAAUAUCAGACUGUGAACCAAAGCUACUGGCCAAUUUGCUUCCUACACUGAAAGAGAUUGGGGAGAAUUUCCCAAGUCUGACUGGACAAUUGGCAAAGAUCUAUGGAGCUGUAGGACACAUUGAUGAGGAAAGAGCCCGAAUCUGCCUGAUCUACCUGGUUAAUCAGCUGGCCAACAUGGAACAUUCAUUCCACCACAUCCUUUUGUUGGAGAUCAAGCAUAUCACAGAUACUUUCUCCAAUAUCCUGGGCAUCCAGAGCAGAGACAUCUACCGUAUGAGUAACAGUUUCACAGCCAUAGCUAAGCUUCUUAUCCAACAGCUGGAAAAUGAGCCUACCUCUGAGAGCAGGGUAGAGGAUGUUGCUGAAACAGAAUCUCCUUCACAGCUGGAUGAUUUAAAAUCCAUUAUGAGUGAAAAUGAAGAGGAAGAAAAGCUCCAAGUUAAAAUACAAGCUUUUGAAGAAAAAAUAAACAUAGAAAAUAGUACUCCUGGCUCUGUACGUAGGUAUAGCUUGGGCCAGGUUUCUAAAGAAGAAAGGAAGGACAUGAGGUUCAACCGGUCCAAAAGUCUGGCUUUGCAUGCUGUUCGGAUGAAGGGCAUGCCUUCAGACAAUGGGCAAGAGGUGGAGAAUGGAGACAUUACAGCCGGCAUCUCUUUCACAGAUAUCUAUGUGAGCCAAGAAGCUGACAGAUUGCCUUCCAGUACAGGCAUGGAAGAGUCACAGCUGGAACCAUCUUUGCUUUCUCACCCAAGUGCCCAAUGUAUAGAACGAGAGAAUCUGCCAGAACCUGUUAAAGAAACAGGCAAUGAAGGGAGCCCGAAGACAAUGAAGAACCCUGUGGAGUAUCAAGACAAGCUUUACUUUCACUUAAAAGAAAAUCUCUCUAAAGUGAAAGCAUAUGUGAUGGAGAUGGGAAGGAGAAUUCCUCUCCCAGAUGAGUGUGUUAUAGAAGAUACUGUUAAAAGUUGUGUAGCAAAGCUGUUCUUCAGCUGCCCCCUGAAAGGUCAUUACUGCCUGUACAGUAAAUCGAGUUUCACUCUCAUCAGCCGACAGCCUCAGCUCUGGAUUCAUAUCAUGUUUCUCUUUCAGCAGAGCUUGUUCCCAGAACCUUUGUCCAUGCAAAAUAAUUCUGUGCAAGCCCUGAAAACCUUGUGGGAGAAAACCCAGCUGAAGGGAACUCACACCUUUGAAACGGCAAUGAUUCAAUCUACAUUUCCACAUCAGAAGGACUUGGAUCAUGUACACAUACAUCUAGAAGAAGUGAGGUUCUUUGAUUUAUUUGGUUACAGCGAGGAAGCAGGAGCCUGGCAAUGUUUCAUGUGUAAUAAUCCUGAAAAGGCAACAGUUGUGAAUCAAGAUGGCCAACCCUUGAUUGAAGGCAAGCUGAAGGAAAAGCAAGUCCGAUGGAAGUUCAUAAAAAGGUGGAAGACCCGGUAUUUUACACUCGCUGGCAAUCAACUUCUCUUUCGCAAGGGAAAAUCUAAAGAUGAUCCAGAUGACUGCCCCAUUGAGCUCAGUAAGGUUCAAAGUGUAAAAGUGGUGGCCAAAAAGCGCCGGGAUCGCAGCCUUCCUCGGGCCUUUGAAAUCUUCACAGAUAACAAGACAUAUGUUCUCAAAGCCAAAGAUGAAAAGAACGCUGAAGAAUGGCUUCAGUACAUUAAUGUAGCUGUCGCACAAGCUAAAGAAAGAGAAAGCAGAGAGGCAACUACAUAUUUGUAAGAAGACUUCUUCAUGUAGCCUUUGUGUCUUCUCCCACAACAUUUGGUCAUGGGACUAUUCCCAAGGUAAUAUCCAGUCUGCUUUGCCCUUUCUCGGAGUGCCUUUGUCUGCCCAUCAACAAAUGAAAGAAAUAUUUUUUUCUCUCUAGAAAGCACAACUGAAAAAAAGCAUUUUACAUGGAUCCACUGAUCAUGGAUUUCCUUGUGAGGAUCAGGGAAAAAGUAAAGGAUACAUUUCUGUACUGAAUGCAUGUGUGUACACAGUGUGCAGAAAUAAGGUCUAGUUCCUAAAUAAUACCUGCAGAACUGCCUAGUAUUGUUUUGCCUUUCUUAUUUGAAUAGAGCUUGAUAGUGUGCAAUAAUUGGUACAUAUGUAUGGACACAAUAGCUGGGUCCCUGUUUUGUAGAAUUUGACUUGUUGGUACUGCCAGCAAAAGACUGUCCGUAUGGCAGCCUCAACAAAUGGCAACCAUGAACAUCAUGAAAUGACAUUUGCACAGCAUUACUGCCAUUCGACUUCCAUGUCCUUUUUUUGUAGAAAACCCAAGUAAUAACCAUAGCAAUUUUUAUUACUUUCUCAUUAGUAGCUUAGGAAUCUGCACCGCCUAUCAAUCUAUUUUGAAUGUUUUGGGGGUAGCUUUACAUAUAGACUCUGAAUAUUGUCACUGAUUCAUCAUUCCUUGUCAAUGUCAUGUAACUCUUGCCUGUUAUUGUCUGUGCCUCCAGAUGCCACACUGGUGGCACUCAACCCAAAACAUGAUUGUUUGUUGGAUUCCUAUGAAGUUGUGAUGGGAUGAAAAGUUCUCGAUUGGAGAUGGGCACAAGCCGCCGGUUCAGCAGUUCAUCCUUCAAAUGAAUAGGUAUUGGGUGCUUCCCAGCCCAAAGGGGCAGCGCCCUGGCUUCCCCACCCCAGCUCCUCCAGGCACCGCCUCUGAGUGGGUGCCCACCAGAGGAGGUAGGGCUGUGAAGUGCUGAACACCUCUUUCCCCAAAGGACGAACUGACACAAACUGCUGAACUGACUUAUGCUCAUCUCUAUUCUAUACGUAUCUCCUCUUCAUAAAUAAUGGUCCACGUUAAUUUCUACUUGUUGGUGUUUCCCAUUUAAACUAGGUUAGAUUUAGGUCCACUGGCUUGCCCCAAGUCACAGAUAUGUGAACAACAGCUACUGAGAUGCUUUCUGUGUUUCAGAUUUUCAAUGACGUGAAGGAGGACUGGAUAUUUGUAUCUCUCUGUCCAGUGAAGGCAAACUAUUCAAUCCAGGAUGGACCGUGAAGACUAAGGCUUUGCAAAGACCUAACUCUACCCUAGCUUCCUGUGCAGAUACGAAGCUCCCAGCUGGCAGUGGGGCAGUUUCCUUUCUGCUCUGGAAGCCAGGGCAGAGUCAGGCCUAUCCUAGGCCCCAAAGCCUUCCCAGCUAGGCCCCUUUUCUAGGCAAAUCACAUUUAGGCAUGGGUCUGUCAGGUGGAACUUGCAGAAUGGAGAUUUAUGGGACUUUUAGUUGAAAAAACCCAAAGAUCCCAUCCCAUCCGAAACGAUCACUUUUACUCCUUUCUGAUGACUAAAGUUUCACAACUUGAGUGACGUUGACUAAAUUUUGGGUGAUGAGUAGAAAUGGGCACAAACCCAUUGAUGGUUUGGUGCUUUGUGCCAAUUUGGAUGAUAGUGAGACAGGUGUUCUGUGGUUCAGCACCCAGCCCCCCCCCAAGCAGGCGCCCACUCAAAAGCAGCACCAUA